CAAUAUCAUGACCGGACAACUCACCUGGCUCGUCACCGGCUGCUCCUCGGGCAUUGGGGAAGCCCUAGUCCGGGCUAUCCUGGACAAGGGCGAUAAAGUUAUUGCUACCACCCGCGCCAGCAAGGGUAUCAGCGGCGCCGACCGUCUCAAUGUCCUCAAGGCAGCCGGAGCAUCCGUGUAUGAACUAGACAUGGCAUCCCCAGAAGAAGUCCUUCAGCAACAAGCCAAAGAGAUCUGGGAGACCUUUGGCCCCAUCGAUGUCCUAGUCAACAACGCCGGCUACAUCGAAGCAACCACCUUCGAAGAAAUGAACGAACAAUUCCUAAUCGACUCCCUCCGCAUCAACGCCCUCGGCCCCUUCAACCUCACCCGGGCCUUUCUCCCCAUGAUGCGCGCCCGCCGCACCGGCACGCUGCUCUUCUCCGGCACAGUCGGCACGUACUACGCCGCCCCGGGCGGAAACUGCUACUGCGGCGCCAAGGGAUUAAUCGAGGGCGUCGUUCCCAAUCUAGCCUUAGAAGUAGCGCCAUUCAAUCUGCGCGUGUCGAUCCUCACGUACGGACACUUUCGGACGCCCGUCAUGGAACCAGGACAUAUUCACCACCGCGCACCGAAGCGGUUGCCCGAGUAUGAAGAGACGAAUCAGCAGAUCCAGAAUGGGUGUGCGGAUUGGUCGUUGAAUCAGCCGGGGGAUCCGCGUAAGGCGGCUGAGUUGGUGGUGGAGGCGGUCCGGGGGGAAGGUCGGUGUGAGGGGAGGGAGUUGCCGAUUCGGUUGCCGGUUGGGGCAGAUACGUUUGAGAUUGUGAGGAAGAGUUGUGAGGAGAAGAUGGAGAUUUUGAAGGAGUGGGAGGGGAUUGGGUCGCAGACGAAUCUUUAGCUGUUAGAAUGGAUGCUUUAAAUCUUAUAGUACUUGGUAAGGGAUUGUUGUUGUUGUUGCCUUACACUAGCUAUGCUUCUGAUUAGAGAUUGAACCUGAUAGUCCUGAUGAUGGUACACCCAUCUCGGUCAAUUGAUGCAAUAAGAGCAC